CAGUGGUCCGGCGUCUCAGAGGAGUUUGAGUGAGUUCGAGUGAGGGUGAUAUGGCUUAGAGAUGCAGUUUCGGAAAUCGAACGUUAUGUUCGACGCUGGGCAUUCGUUGCAUUCCAGUUUGUCGUCUGGAAGCUCGGAGAAACGCGGAUGGUGGAAGGGUAUUCAUCACGAGCUCAUGUCCCUCAUGAAAAAACCUCACUUGGUUCAUCGGCUAACGAAGAGAAUCGUACAUUUCGCCAGCAGAGGCUUGAAACGGCGGUCCAGCUCGGUAUCAGACCUGAGUUGUAGGAGAAGCCCACGCCGCCUCAAUCGGAUGGCGAAGCGACGAAUCGAGGAUAUCGAUGCGAUAAACCCUCAAACCCAAUGCGACGAUGAUGAUCAUCAUGAGGAAAAUAACGUUGUGCUGAACGCCAGUCCCUGUCGUAGCCUACGGAAACGACGGAAAACGCCUCUGCGUGCGAUCCAGCACAUCAUUGGCGAGCCUCAGAAAUCCGCCGAGGCUUGCAGUGAAUCGAUGCCCGACGUUCCCAUCGGCUGCUCAGAAAGUGACGCUCAACCUCUGCCGAGAUGUUAUGUAUUACUCGAGAGACGCCUCCGAGUCGCCGAAGGGGAAACCUCAAAUCGCGCGACCGACAACGUCGAUCCACAGCAAGCGAAUCGCGAGGAUGAUUCGAACUCCGAAAAAGCCGGUCAAGAUGCCGCGGAAAAGGCCGACGAAGAGACAGUGAACAGCAACAACGAUGUCGCUUCCCCCCAGAGUACCGAGCCAACGGACACGCUAAAGCCGGAGCAGCGAACACCAAAGCAUCCUUCAAGCAUGAACUCGAGCCCAGAAUCCUCCGGAGACGAGUGCGUGAGCCCCUUCAGCAAGGUGUUCAUGAAGCAUCAGAAGUGCGAGCCCCUCGAGUCGGACACGGAGCAGUUCUGGGCUGAGCGGAGGGAGUUGCGGAGGGAAGUUGACUAUGAGAGAGAAGCCAGAGAGCUGUUGGGACUGGAAGCCGACUUCUCAUCUCCGCUGCCGAAGCGGAACUCUGUGGAAACAUCGAGCGACGUAUCAUCCGACUCUUCCCAAUCUCGUCUGGAGCGGUCUCCGUCGAGCUCUGCGUCGGGCAAGAGUCCGUGUGAGCGACAGGGCAGCCGUCGCCGGAGUUCUGCACAAUUCAAGAGCUUCCGAACUGAAACGCCGAAUCGGAAUGCUCAAAAAAUCCCCAAAUGGCAACAAGUCAAAGAAGUGGCCAUCAAAGUCAGCAGGAGCGGGCGUACGAUAAAGCCCAAGCUAGACGAUAGCUUUCUCUGA